UUUCUUGUUAGGAAACUCGGACUUUAGCUCGUGAAGCUUCAGAAGCAAGUUUUCAAUCGUCAUCCCGAUUCUACAUAUAAGCCUUUUUAGCUGCUACCGUCAGAACCCCCUGUUUCGACCUUCUUUUCGAGUCACCCCUUUUACACACACCACAGACGAUAUGGACGGGUUAACAGCAUCCGAGACGCGCGAGCUGGAGCAGCGCAUGCAGAAGCAGCAGAUGAAAGUCUUCUUUGGACUCUUUAGCAACUUAGUCGACCACUGCUUCAUGUCCUGCAUCGACGACUUCACAUCCAAGUCCCUAACAGGCCGCGAGACCGGAUGCGUCGCCCGCUGCGUCCAGAAGCACAUGGCCCUAUCCCAGCGCCUCAGCGAGCGGUUCCAAGAGCACAAUGCCCAGAUGACGCAACAGCAGCAGCAGCAGGGAGGCGGAUUCCGAUAAGCCAAUCCUUCUCGACGAUAGAUAGCGCUCUUGUUUUCCCUUGUUGAUGGUUAGUGGGCUAUAUGUAUAUUACGCUCGGAGCUUUGAGGUUUUGGCGUAGCUGGCUGGCUAGGACUGGAUAUAUCUUGUCUAUGUCCCACGUUAUGUCCCACGUGAAAUAACAUGGAAAACGCUAGGUCGGGUAAGGCGACCUUAACUAUGAGGGUUGCUAGGUGUCCCGUCGUAACUGGCACGGGAGCCGAGGCUGGGAAUAAUAGCCUUGAUGUAUUAAUAGGGACUAUAGGGGGUUCCCAUCUGGGGAUGAUACCCCGGCUCUAGAGAUGAGCCUUGAACAUGACUAUUUCAACUCCG